GGCAUAGCCGAGAGCGCUGUCAGUGUUGUUGAGGGUAACAGAAGCGUUCACUUUGGAAGGAGGUGUUCUUGACGAGUCUGUCUGGCCCGUGUGUUUGCUUUCCGAGAAACGAUAUUAAUACAGAGAGAAGACGAGAGCUACGGACAAAGUGGCCAUUUAGACCUUCCAAAUUGUGGUUAAUAUCGCUGAUAAAUAACAACCAAUUUGUUAUUAAUAGUACUGUGUUUAACUGUGAUUUUGUGUCGGAAAGUAAACAGCAACGUCUUUGAAUUUACGCGGGUGAUCGAUAAUUCAUUAAUUCGAAGCUAUAGAUUUAUCGAAGAUUUAUCUGACGAGUGCAUACGUUAGAGCAGAAAAAUGGAUUAUUCUUAUUUUAUUUCGGAAGUCGCUAAACGUAGACGACCUGCCACAACGCGGGAAUUAACUAAAAUAGCGUACUCCGCGCCAAAAGACACUAUUUCCUUAGCAGAAGGAAUGCCGAAUGAACAAAUGUUCCCAUUCAUAGAAAUCUCGACGACGCUCAGCGAUGGUUCCUCUUUCGCUCUCGAUAAGGACGAGUUAGCUGCUGCUCUCCAGUAUAUACCCACGCAAGGCUACCCUCCUCUUUUGCAGGCCCUGAGGGAAUUCCAGAGAAGGGCACACGCGCCACCCUUAUGGGAGAGCCGCGACAUAGUCAUCGUUUCGGGGUCUCAGGACGGGCUUAGUAAGGUUCUGGAGGCUAUAAUCGGCAUUGGUGAUCCGCUUUUAGUCCCCGACCCCUUCUAUCCUGGCGUCGAAGUUGUGGUAGCACCUCACAAAGCGGAGCUUAUAGCGAUCCCGCAAGACGACGAUGGCCCUAUCCCGGAAAUACUCCGGGAAAUUUUGAGAAACCGGCUCCUUUCCGGUCAAAAAAUGCCGAAAAUAAUGUAUAUAAAUGCUACCGGCACGAACCCUACUGGCAUCAUUAUUCCCCUGGAAAGACGAAAAGAGAUCUACAGGAUAGCCUGUGAAUAUAAUUUCUUGAUCCUUGAUGACGAUCCCUAUCAUUUCAUGCAUUUCGACAAGGAAGAGCCCAAGUCCUUUUUAUCGCUUGAUACGGAAGGUCGAGUAAUUAGGUUGGAUUCAUUCUCAAAAGUGAUCAGUAGUGGCCUCAGAGUAGGUUUUAUGACUGCCGCGGCUCCACUGGUAGCCUGCGUAGAACUCCAUUUACAGAGCAGUCACCUCCAUGCUCCUACUUUAUCGCAGGUGAUGAUAUACAUGCUGUUGAAAACUUGGGGUUACGACGGCCUGAUGAGCCAUUUCACGAGAUUAAGACGCUUCUAUAAGAAACGAAGGGAUUUUAUCUCAAAGUUGGCACGCGAGCAUUUGAACGGUCUGGUGGAAUUUAGUGUACCAAGGGGUGGAUUCUUUUUAUGGAUCAAAGUACCGGAAAUCAAAAACACAUGGAAGAUGAUAAUGCAGCGGGGCAUAAUAGAAGGUGUUAUUAUGACGCCAGGAGCUGCAUUUAUGGUAGAUCCCACGAAACCCUGUAACGCCAUCAGGGCAAGUUUCACCAAAGCUUCCUACGAGGAAAUGGAACUGGCAAUGAAACGAUUGGCUCAACUGAUCCGGGCUGAGUUAGAUCUCGAAAACUACAUUGAAAAUGUUGACACGUGAUAGUAUAUAUGUACAUAUAUUAUUAACAAAAUAAUAUGUUUGUACAUGACUACACGGUUCACAUACUGCAGCUAACGGAUAUCAGUUAGUAGUAAAAUAGAGAGAUAAAUCUGGAAAGAUAUUAUCAAUUAAGUGAAGUAUUAAUGCUAUAAAAGAAGAUCGAACAAAAUAUCGAUAGAAUUGGGCAAGUUAUGUUAGAUCAAAAUAAAUUUUAUGUACCUUCAUCGUUCAUAGAACGUAGAACGUAGAACGUAGUCUCGAGUUUUGAUAACAGAGGACAUUGCAUCACUAAAAUACUAGUUACUUUGCGAAUUAAGUUUUAAUAGCAGUUAAAAUUUUAAAAACUUGUAAUUUUUAUAUAACUAGUUUUUAGAAGAUAUUGAUAUUUAUAGGCAUAUUUUAUUUUUACUGAUGAUAAAAAGAAUGUUUCCCACGUUUUUUUUAUAACAACAUGCACGGUUGUAACAUGGUGUGACAAUAGCUCGACAGCGUGGCAUUAAUCUCAUGAAAUUUUGACAAAUGCGCAUUAUUAAGUAUAUUAAAUUAAAAAAAUCAACGGAUUAAUUUAAUACAUUAAAUCCUCUUAAAUUUCUAGUACGUUGUAUCGCCACAUUCACAGUAAAUUGCUUUUAUCUUUCUAUUUAAAUUUUUGUAGUGAAACGAAACUAAUUAUUUAAUAAUAUCUUUUGUUAAUUUUUUAAACAUUUUAUUGUACAUUAAAUUUUUUCUCUCCUCAACA